GUUAGCCAACACAGUUCGAUAAACAGAUGUUUUUCGUUUGCCUUAUCAAAUAGAAAUUGUAUUUUUGCGAGCCGAAAAGUGCAAUGUUUAGCAGCUGAAUACUUACUGAUAUGUCCAAGCGCAACCAAAUAUCGUACGUUAAGCCGCAGGAACCGAGUUUUUUGAGGAAAUUAAAGGAGGAGAUUGGCUACAAAGAAGGACCCAGCAUAGAAACCAAGCGCCAGCGUUUGGAGACCGACCAGGAGGAUUACGAUUCUGGGGAGGAUUCCCGGCCGGAAAGGGAGGACGAACUGCCGCAGGUGGUGGUCCUCAAGCCAGGAGAUCUCUCCGCCGAAGAGGCCAAAACGGAGAAACUGUUGGCCGCCAAAGAAUUAGCCGAAAAGCGUGCGGAUCUGACCCAGCCCAUAGUCUUCAAGCAGCGUGUCAAGCAGACAAAUUUCGAGGAAGAUAAGUCGCCCUCCGGAAGCAACAAGAAGUCGGAGAAAUCCGGAAAGAAAUCAGAGAAAUCAAAGAGCAAGAAAUCCAAGGCCGCCAGCAGUAAGCUGUCCUUCAACGAGGACGAAGAGGACGAGACGGCCGAGGAUUGAAGAUUAUUCGGCCAUAACUUCCACUAGCCAAGUUAACCCGCAGCGAAUGAUUAA